CAGAGCUGGAACUGUUGGCUAUCGGACUGGGUGGCACCGGGUGCAGGCCGCUGCCCUUGAAGCGCCGGCCUUGGCUGGAACCAGUGGUCCAGCGCCCACCCGGACGCCGGGGCGGGAGCGGGCGGUUCCAUCGACCCUGAGGGUGGACCAAGGAGACUGAGGGUUCCACGCGUGGCAUCACAAUUACCUCCGCGGCGGCGAGGCCAGAGAGGCAUUUCCAAGGAGACGCGGGCGCACUGCCCCUCCCUUGCUUCCUCCUCUUCUCUCCUUCCUCUCCUAGUUUCUUCCCUCCCUUCUCCUUCCCUCCCUUCCCGCCCUACUCCUUUCGGCUGCUCUGGUGCCCACCCCCAGUGCCUCGAGGGCGAGGAGAGCUCCUCGGCCCCGCAGGACAGGGAGGAUUCUGCACAGAUGAGCAUAACCUAUGUAAACAGGUUACCCAGCUGGGAGAGAGGACAUCUGCUGGCUGGUGUGGCGUCCAGCACUGAUGUGUCUACCUUCUCUGAAGGUGACUGCAAGGAGCCUGACAAGUGCUGCUGGAAACACAAGCAGUGCACUGGGCACAUCAUCUACCCUUUCGCCUCUGACUGUGUCCGCCACAGCCUGCACCUACACUCUGUCAACCACUGCAACUGCAAUUCUAGGCUGAAGGACUGUUCAGAGGAUAGCAGCAGCUCCCGGGGCGCGGGCCCAACCUGCUCCCAUGUCAUCGAGUCCCCCUGCUUUGAGCUCACACCGGAGGAGGAGCAUGUGGAUCGAUUCUGGUAUGGCUGGUGCAAAAGCUACAGACCUGUCUCUGUGGCAGUGAUCCACCAUCCCCUCUACCAUGAGUGUGAGGCAGAUGAUCUAAAUGAAGAAGAGGAAGAGGAGAAGGAGGAAAGCAAGCCCCCCAUCCCAACGCAGGUGGGGCCCGCCACUGCCUCCCCUGACCUAGGUACCAGCAUGGCCACUGGUACCCCUGACUCUGCAGCGCCCAUCACCAUCUGGCGCUCUGAGAGCCCCACAGGGAAGGGUCAGGGCAGCAAGGUGAUCAAGAAGGUAAAGAAGAAAAAGGAAAAAGAGAAAGACAAGGAGGAGGAGAUGGAUGAGAAGGCAAAGCUGAAGAAAAAAGCCAAGAAAGGCCAGUUGACUAAGAAGAAAAGCCCGCUUAAAUUGGAGCCUUCCCCGCCAGACGCGAGCCGAUCAUUAAGUCCAAGACAGCUGGCCAGGAUGUCCGAGUCCAGCCCAGAAAGCCGGGAAGAGCUGGAGAGCGAGGACAGUUACAAUGGCUGGGGGCAGGGAGAACUGUCCAGCCAGGAUAUUGUGGAAUCAUCAUCGCCCAGGAAGAGAGAGAAGAACACAGUCCAGGCCAAAAAGACAGGGGCAAAGCACUCACAAGCCAGGAAGGUAAACAAGAGAAAAUCUCCCCUAGGAUCAAACCCCAACCUCAGUUGAGGCCAUGGUGGUCGGGGUGCAGAAUAAAUGCCCUCGAGCCUGUGGCUGGCCCUCUGCUGCUGUUCUCUCCCUCCAACUUGGCUGUUUCUUGCAGGGCAAGGGGUGGGCUCAGGGCUGCAGGGGUUUCUCAAAGGCAAUCCAGCUUUCACAAAGGAAGCCCAUGGGAAGGCAGGUGGGAGGGAAAGGAAGGGGCACAGCCCUAUUUCUUCCUACCUGCUAGGACAAGGUGGAAGAGUGCAUCUGGGGUGGGAAGGAGGGCUUCCCCUCUCUGCUAGGAGAGACCAGUCUGUGUGAAAUCCACUUCUGGGACAGGCAGUACUGUCUGCAGUGAUACCCCCAAUAAACAGAACUUUUAAACCCA